AUGCACGUCUCGGUCGCGCCUCCCUUCGUAUAUGUCUCGACACAGAGUCACUCGCACCUCUGCUACAAAGUGAACGGUCCACAAAAUGAGCGAUACGAAUUCGAGCAAUACUUUACAGACAGCCGAGAGCGCUCUUGCACUCAACAUGCUGUUGUCGACAUACCAUCGAGCAAGGCAGAAGUCGAUCAAGCACAAAGAAUAGUGCUAGUCACCGACAAAACAACCUCAUCGGUAGUGGCGCUCCACCAGCCCCAUGAACGAACAUACAAGAACGCGGCGGACACGCUCUUUGAGGCGAACCUCUCGCACACGGUCAUACGUAUCCAACGCGGCAAUAUCCGACCACCAUGGCGUCGGCCAACUCAUACCGACACCAUGACAGGUGUCGUGACCGACGACAUUAUUGGCGCAUGUUCUGAUGGCACAGUCUACACUUUCUCCAUCCUCUCCAAGCCCGCGCGGCAUCUCCUCCGCCUGGUUCAAAAUCUCGUCGAGGCGAAACAAGCCCGUGAUCCAGCAUACCGGUUCACACCUGCCACUCCGCACAGCGGGCACAUCUUUAACGUCUUGAUUAACGGUGCUAGUGGUGUGCAGGAUAGCAAGAUUCGCGCACGGGACGUGGAUCCGGUGUAUCAAGAGAGCGGGCAGGCGGGGCCGCGGCACAGACACAUCGACGGGGACUUACUCGUGCGGUGGCGUGACGAAGGUGGGCGGUUGGAGAGGUUAGUGGUCGCAGGUGAGGCUGUGGAUAGGGAUGUUGUAGCGCUAUUCAGAGAGUAUGCGUCACGGGUAGAUUUGGGUUGGGGAGAUGUCAGUGCUGAGGAUGUGUUUGCAAGGGUGGAGAAAUGGAUGAGCGAGGUGCUUAUGCCUGUGCUUUGA